AUGGACGUGAUCAAAACCUCGGGGAAGGUGCCAUGCCACGGCCCGGCUGACCCGCUGAGCCGGAACUACGUGCACACCAACGAAGCGGUGCAGCAGACGCCGCUGCAAGAGGAGCAGCAGCAAUUUGCUGCCAGCAACCCAGCGAAGGCCAUCAAGAAUACGACCGCUAUUGCCCAAUAUGACUCGUGGCCACCAACAAGAGCGUCGACUUUGAACGGGAUCAAGGCCGACUGGGUGUUCGACGCGAAGACGCAGACGUUCAAGCACUUGGACAUAAUGUGCUCCGGCAAUGAGGGCUGA